GGCAGCUCCCACAGCUCUAAUCUGUAUCUGGAAGAGGUGUUGACCAGACCCCUGAAUUACUUUUUCGACGGCAACUCUGUACGAGAGCAAUUCUUACUGCCGCUGCAGAGACAACUCAAAGAGGCAAGGACAGUGGAAGCAAAUCACCUUCAAGGAACGAGCGUCACACCUUUGGAAGUCGCAGCACAUCAAGAGCGGGCAGGCGAGAUUGAAGCGCGAAUUUGG